UGCUGUGUGUGUGUUUUCGUGUUCGGAUGCUGGAUGCUGUGGAUGUAGCCCACUUCUACUAACCCAGAGACACUCCUGCAGCCGGGAUAAGGAGUAAUGACAGCAUAUUGUCUGGAUAAACUAGCUCCGAAUCACAUGCAGAGAAACGUUUGCCUUAACGGGAGCCUUAUUCAUUCUUUUUAACCGCCUACGUUUGUUUUUUUUUGUGACUCGUUCGCCACUGACCGUUUCAAUGGAAGUAUCCUGUUUUUUUAUUGCCCCCUCAUGAGCGGCUGUCACACUAAAUAAUCAACUCUUUUUCCAAACUAUUUGGUGCUUUCUACACGUCGCUGAGGGGGAUUUCACCGGGGGACGCAUGGUGCUCUGAUACAGACCCUUUAAUUAAAGCUGUAGGGAUAGUUUACAGACGACACACCGGCAUACAGACCGCUCUGUGAUGGAUAAUGCUCAUACUAAGACGGUGGAGGAAGUUUUGGGCUUCUUCAGUGUCAACGAGUCGACAGGCCUGAGCUGUGAGCAGCUGAAGAAGAACAGAGAGAAAUGGGGCCCUAAUGAGCUGCCUGCUGAAGAAGGAAAGUCACUCUGGGAGCUGGUCCUGGAACAGUUCGAGGAUCUGUUGGUCCGCAUCUUGCUUCUGGCUGCCUGUAUCUCAUUUACUUUGGCCUGGUUCGAAGAAGGGGAGGGGACGAUCACAGCCUUCGUUGAACCCUUCGUCAUCCUCCUCAUCCUCAUCGCCAAUGCUAUCGUAGGAGUAUGGCAGGAGCGAAAUGCAGAGAACGCCAUCGAGGCUCUGAAGGAGUAUGAGCCGGAGAUGGGGAAGGUCUAUCGACAGGACAAGAAGAGUGUCCAGAGAGUCCGAGCACGAGACAUCGUACCUGGAGACAUUGUGGAAGUUGCAGUUGGCGAUAAAGUCCCAGCUGACAUCAGGCUGACGUCCAUCCGCUCGACCACACUGAGAGUGGACCAGUCCAUCCUGACGGGGGAGUCGGUCUCGGUGCUCAAACACACCGACCCAGUGCCCGACCCCAGAGCAGUGAACCAGGACAAGAAGAACAUGCUCUUCUCUGGUACCAACAUUGCAGCGGGACGAGCCAUCGGGGUCGUCGUAGCGACAGGGGUGCAGACAGAGAUCGGUAAAAUCCGAGAUGAGAUGGCCUCCACCGACCCAGAGCGGACACCGCUGCAGCAGAAACUGGACCAGUUUGGAGAGCAGCUGUCUAAGGUGAUCAGUGUGAUCUGUGUGGCGGUGUGGGCCAUCAAUGUAGGUCACUUCAACGACCCUGUACAUGGAGGCAGCUGGCUCCGUGGAGCGGUGUACUAUUUUAAGAUCGCUGUGGCGCUGGCAGUAGCUGCCAUACCAGAAGGGCUUCCAGCGGUCAUCACCACAUGCCUGGCCCUCGGUACUCGGAGGAUGGCCAGGAAGAACGCCAUCGUCCGCAGUCUGCCUUCGGUGGAGACGCUGGGUUGCACCUCGGUCAUCUGCUCAGACAAGACGGGAACGCUGACCACCAAUCAGAUGUCCGUCUGCAGGAUGUUUGUUGUGGACAGUGUUUCUGGGGAUCGCUGCAGCCUCAGCGAGUUCACAGUGACUGGAUCUACUUACGCUCCUGAAGGAGAAGUUUACAAGGAUGGUUCAGUGGUGAAGUGCAGUCAGUAUGAAGGCCUGGUGGAGAUGGCCUCCAUCUGUGCAUUGUGCAAUGACUCAUCACUGGAUUACAACGAGGCAAAGGGUUUGUUUGAGAAGGUCGGCGAAGCGACGGAGACUGCCCUCUGCUGUCUGGUGGAGAAAAUGAACGUCUUCAACACCGACCUGAGGGGGCUGAGCCCUGCAGAGCGAGCCACCGCCUGCUGCUCGGUGAUUAAGCAGCUGAUGCGGAAAGAGCUGACACUGGAGUUUUCCCGAGACAGGAAGUCCAUGUCUGUGUUCUGUUCAUCCAAUAAACCCACCAGGUCUGCCAGCGGAGCCAAGAUGUUCGUUAAGGGAGCUCCGGAGAGCGUUCUGGAGCGUUGUAAUUACAUCCGGGUCAGUGGUUCUGUCCGUUUACCCAUGACGUCGGCUCUUCGGGAGCAGCUCCUGACCACCGUGAGGGAGUGGGGGUCGGGCCGAGACACGCUGCGCUGUCUCGCUAUGGCAACCAGGGAUACACCCCCUGACAUCCAUUCUCUGAACCUGGAGAACUCGGCUGCCUUUGCAGACUAUGAGUCGGACCUGACCUUUGUAGGCUGUGUGGGCAUGUUGGACCCCCCCAGGAAAGAGGUGCUUGGAGCGGUCAGAAUGUGCCGACAAGCGGGCAUACGAGUCAUCAUGAUCACAGGUGACAACAAGGGGACGGCCCUGUCCAUCUGUCGGCGGGUGGGCAUCAUCACUGAGCUGGAGGAGGAGCAGGAGGGCGCGGGGGUCAUGGGAGGCCUGACAGGACGCGAGUUUGACGAGCUGCCCCCCCACCUCCAGCGCCAGGCCUGUCAGACGGCGCGCUGCUUCGCCAGAGUGGAGCCUGCUCACAAGAGCCGCAUCGUGGAAUAUCUGCAGAGCCUGAGUGACAUCACCGCUAUGACCGGUGAUGGAGUGAAUGACGCCCCAGCGCUGAAGAAGGCAGAGAUCGGCAUCGCUAUGGGGAGCGGCACAGCCGUGGCCAAGUCGGCCUCGGAGAUGAUCCUGGCUGACGAUAACUUCUCCACCAUUGUGGCGGCGGUGGAGGAAGGCAGGGCCAUUUACAACAACAUGAAACAGUUCAUCAGAUACUUAAUCUCAUCCAACAUAGGAGAGGUGGUCUGUAUUUUUCUCACGGCUGCUCUCGGUAUGCCAGAAGCGCUCAUCCCGGUCCAGCUGCUGUGGGUCAAUCUGGUCACUGAUGGUUUCCCGGCAACCGCCCUGGGCUUCAACCCCCCUGACCUGGACAUCAUGUCACGCCCGCCCCGUUCCCCCAAAGAGCCUCUAAUCUCCAGCUGGUUGUUUUGUCGCUACCUCAUCAUCGGAUGUUAUGUAGGAGCAGCUACUGUAGGAGCUGCAGCCUGGUGGUUUAUGGCAGCACACGAUGGACCAAAACUGACCUUCUAUCAACUGUCCCAUUUCCUGCAGUGCAGUGAAGGCCACGCAGAGUUUGCUGGUGUUCAGUGUUCUGUCUUUGAGUCUCCCAUCCCCAUGACCAUGGCACUGUCUGUCCUGGUUACCAUAGAGAUGUGCAAUGCCUUGAACAGUCUUUCUGAGAACCAGUCCCUGUUGAAGAUGCCUCCGUGGUCAAAUCCCUGGUUGGUCGGAGCCAUCUGUCUGUCCAUGGCUCUGCACUUCCUCAUUCUCUACGUGGAUCCACUGCCGGUCAUCUUCCAAAUACGCCCUCUGUCCUGGCCUCAGUGGGUGGUGGUUUUGAAGAUGUCACUUCCUGUCAUCCUGAUGGACGAAGCCCUCAAGUUCCUGGCCCGCAACUAUAUCGAGCCCGGAACCCAGAUCCAGACGCCGGAGGAGGAGGAGGAACAGCGGCGGAGAGGAGCCGUCGUCACAUACGUGUGCCAGUCGCUGGACGGCGUGUCCUGGUCGUUCGUGUUGAUCUCGGCGCCGCUCGUCUUCUGGAUCUUCAGCCUGGACUCUGACAUCACUAACAUCUUCUGGGAGUGAAAAACAGACGGCGGCGGGAGAGAUUAGAAGAGGAAAGGGAAAGUUCAAGACAGAAUAAAACGCACAGGAUGAGGUGGGAGAUGUCCAAGAGAGAGGGUUGAAAACUUCACUGAGACAUGAAUGUAAGAUAAACCGAGGGAAAUAUUUAACCAACAGACAAUCAGAAAAAGGCAGUUAUAGACCAUCAUCUCCCCAGUGAUUCAAGGUGCUCUGUGUAGCUUUUGUCUUUUUUUUUUUCUCCCUGAUAUUUUUUUCAGAUGACAAAUGGUAGAACCCUGUUUCCAAAAUGUGUGAACAACCCUGGGCCUGAAUCCUGAUCUCUUUAUCGUCUGGUGCCACCGUCGUGUGCAGCGGGUUUGUUUUUAUAUUAUAUAUUUUAAGUUUUUUAGGUUUCAUUUGGACCAUGUGGGUGUGAUUUUAGUCCGAUUUGAUUGACAGUUGCCUGGAAUAAACAAAGAAAAGGGCCUUCUAACAAAGCAUGCUGAAAUAUUAAACCAUGAUAAACGUAAAAAAAGCGUCUACGAACGGUUUAUGGAAUUUUAUAGAAGCAGUUUUAAAGGGUUGUUGAUGCUACACAUGGCACCUUUGAAAUGACACUAGAAAUGAUCCAUUCAGUCAAACACACACUAACACACACCUCCACCAGCUUUGCAUUCAGACCUUAAACACCAGUAAUAAUACAGAGACGGAAACGAGUGGUCAUCCAGACAUCGAGCUGAAGGAGGAAACGCGGAACGUACAGAGCGCAUGUCCACAUUCAUAACUGCGUAGAGCCUCAACAUAGCGCUUAAGAGCAUCACUGUUCGUCUUCUUCCAGUAGAUGUUUAGUUCUGUUUCAUUUUCCGUUCCUGACAUAAACCCUCAGGCUUCACAAACAGACUGAAGCUGGAUUAAAGCCUUCACACCUUUCAGUUCCAGAGAGACGAUAGAUGGUAGUGAAGAAUUUAGACUAAAGGUUGUCAUCAGCUCCACUCAGCUGUAAGAACAUAUACAUAACGUAUAAGGAUUCUUUCUGUUAGGGAUUUAAAUCUAAUGUUUUGCAUGUGUUUAUUACUCUGGGUUUUUUGGCUGCUUUGUUUUGUUUUGUACCUUUGUUUUUAUUCCCAGAAACCAAGCGCGCUGGAGAUGAUUUCAGGGAUUUAAUAAGAUGUUUAAUUGUUGUUUUUUUUUUGUUUUUUUUUUGACUCAAGUGCUCUGUUCGAGGGACUCUGCAGGCAAUAUUUUACGACCCAACGGCGAGCGUGUGUAAAGUUCAGAAAACAAAAGUGUCGUUUCUAGGUCAUUUUUGAUGAUGUCCUGCUGCGUUUGCCAUCAAAGGGAUUUUUUUUUUCUGCGUAUAGGAAGGCGGUUUUGGCGAAUUUAUAUUAUCUGUCAUGUCAUAUGUUGCCCCUUGAGCAUCUGACCUGCUGUUAAAAAUAAAAAUAAAAAAAAUAGCAUUUUGACAAUGAAGUCGUAAUAUUUUUGACGGAAUUCAUAAAAUAAUCACCUGAAAGAACUGAUAUUGUUGCAGUGAAACAUCUGAAUAAUGCAAGAAUUUUGAGAAAACAGGUUAUUUCUCAAAAGCUACUAUUAAAUCCAUCAUACUGACAAAAUAUAAUCGUCAAUAUCAUAAAACUUUCUUGUAAAAACUGCAGAUCUCCCUGUAUAUUAUGGCUUUUAUUCUUAUAACUAGACAAAUUAAUAAUUAUAUUUGUAAAACUGCUAGAUUUUGAGCUUCCUCAAACAUUUUUUUUUGUCUUGCAAGGUCCAAAUAUUCAACCCUUAUGUCCCAGAUAUCUUUUUUUUUUUUAUACAAAUUUAAGCGUUGUUUGCCUCACUGUGACCUCUGUCAUUUUAAACCCUCAGAUGUUUGACAAUAUUUGUUUGUCCACAGUCUUGCCUCGUUUUCUCACCAUUUUUUGGGUUGAAGACGUGUCUUACAUCACAGCUUGAAGGAAGAGGAGUUGUUGUUGUUUUUUAUAUUUAUGAUUCUUUUAUUGUUCUACCAUUAUUUAUUCUGUUUAGCUCACACCCGUGUCGGUAGGAGUAGGAAACGGCGGUCGUCACUGUCAUGGAUGAACUGUUCUUUGAAACUUGCCUGUUUAAAUAAAGGGUGAAAAAAUCUUCAACCAGUAGAUCA